UUUUUAAGAAAAUCGAGUUGACUUAGGCGUUCCUUUUAGAAAUUCAAUUCCAAAUUUGAAUUUAUUGGGCCCAGGCUUGAUUUAAGCAAUUUAUUUUAAAUUAUUUUAUUUUGGUUUUAGGAAAAAUUAUUAUAAUGAUAUUUUUAAGAUGUUUUGCUCUCAUGUUAUUUUCACUGCUCGAAAUUCAAGCUCGCGUUUGUUCUGGAUGGUAUGCUAGACUGGGCCAGUUCCCUUCCGUAGUAUCCAUUCAUCGGCAUCAAGUCUUCUGUAAUGGAGUUAUCGUUCACUUACGAUAUGUGCUGUCAACAGCUCAUUGUUUUGACGACAUGAAGGAAUAUGACCAAUAUACAGUUGCCGCCGGUGUAUUGAAGGUGCCGACAGGUGAAUCAGUGCAACAAGUACGCCGUAUAAUUAAUGUAACAAGAUAUGAUGAAUACAAUGAGAAAUCGAGAAAAAAUGAUUACGUCCUUUUGAGGUUGGAUAAACCAUUUGUGAAAACGGAGCGUGUAUACCCUCUCCCAGUUGGUUUCCUACACGGAGACGGUAUAACAAACUGCCAAACUGCUGUAUGGGGAGUAAACACAAAAAAUCAGCAGUAUACUUUAAAAUACAUAAACGUAAAGGAGCUGGACUUUAAAAUAUGCUCCUCAGUUUAUCCUGGUCAAUACGCUGGGGCGAAGUUUUGUGCGGGAGCAACAGGUGGAGUAGAUGACAUGUGCCAAGGUUAUUCAAACGAUAGUUUGGUUUGUAGCGGCGGUCCUUUGAUUUGUAAUGGACAAUUUAUGGGACUUAUUUCCAGUGGGGAGAAUUGCGGUAAAGAAGGACAUUAUGCCGUUUACUGGUAUUCCUACCUCCUUAGGUGGUGGGUUCAGGCAAAGAUAAAAGAACGGGAUCAACUGUGUGGCAAAUUAUUCAGAAGUGGGACUUUGGGUACAUACCCCGGACUUACUUUGCCGAUUUAUAUUACUUUGCAUGUCUUUAACUUGAAUUAAUGUUACUAUUGAAUAAAUAUAAAUUUUAUAUCUA